CACGCGUUACCCAAACGUUACGUCUUACGUGUGGGCGCUAGCGCGUGCGUUCGAAUACCGUAAGCACGUCGUCGUACAUUAUAUUAUUAAUAUCGCACGUUCGUACCGUCGUCCGCAGUACCAGAUAAAAUAAUAUUAUAAUAAGACAACAAGUCCGUUCCGUCAGGCGCACGUAGUGUUGUUGCGCGGAGCGCGGAUCGACCGAGGAAAAUAGAAAAGCGCACUGCCUGGCGGACGAUGCCGCCAACGCGAUCCGUUAUCACGCAGCCCGUUAUCAGCGCGUGAAACAACGUUUUAAUUUAAAAAAAAAAAAAUUUCCUCCGACUUCGGCGGCGCGCGUCUCAAAUUUACCACCGACGGCCCCGUUUCCCGCGACGUGCGCGCGUGUGCCCCAGAGCACAGUAAGGACGUACCGUAUCGCAUUGCCGCCGCCGCCGCUGCGCGCCCGCCGAACGCCGCCGCGCGCACGACGACGACGACCACCACACGAUGCCGUCGCACAUGAACUGUUGUUUCAACAAAUGUACCAACUCGAGUCGGAGCACGCAGAACCUGUCGUUUCACAAGUUCCCGACCAACGAGAGCCUGUGUAAACAAUGGGUCGAACUGUGUCAGAACGACAAAGUCAUCCAGAAGUUCAAGAACCACGGUUCCAGCCAGGUGUCAAAGAGUUUCAGAAUAUGUUCCGAACACUUCAAGCGGGAAGACUACGUUUUGUGGACGUCGAAAAAAAAGGUGUUGCACAAAGGAUCCAUUCCGACAGGGCAGCAGCUGAUAAGUCCAAAAACAACACACACGAACAUUACCAAUUGGAGUGAUAUGAUCACGGAGGAAGACGAGGCAGCCGCCACCCACGCUGCGAGCUGGAGUCCACGCGGAACCCCAAAUUUUGAUCUAUCUGGCUCAGUUGUGUAUUUUCUAGUACCUGAGCAGGCUUUAUCGAUCAUUUGGUAAUAAUUUCAAAAGAUAUUGUUCAUCAUACAAUUGCUCCAUUAAUUAUUAUUGUUUCACUGUAAGAGGAUAAUCAAUUCUUUGUUGAUUAUAGAAUCUAUACUUAAAUUAGAAGACAACUUCUUAGAAAAAAAAUUGUAUUAAGUGAUUUAAAUAUUACUUAAAUUUUUAUGAACAUUAUAUUAUAAUAAAUUGUAAAAUGUGAGCAUUCUUGUACUCGUGAAAAAUCAUUAUUAAAUAUUUUUUUAAGUUAUUACUUAAUUUAGUGUGUUAUUAUAAUGUAAGAUGUACACUUGGCUAAAAACCAAAACUGCCUUUUUAAUAGAAUUUUGUAAGUCUUCAGUUGUUCAAUUUUAUCAGGAAAAGAGACAUCAGCAUUUGAAAUUAAUCAGUAUCAAAACUCAAUUGAUAAUAUUAUUGUGUGUUAUCGAAGAUAUUAAAAAGUAUAACAUUAAUUUUUGUAAAACUUAAACGGAGUGCAGCGUAUUAUUGUUGUUUUUUUGUAUAAUUAUUGUUUUUUUUUUUAAUAAUUAUUGAUAUUUAGAUUGGUAAAGGGUGUAUAUAAUAUUUUAUUAAUUUUAAAAUAACGGGCCUUAUUGUUUUCUGAAUAAAUUAAUUUACACAAAAAAAGAAAAAGAAUUGAAACACCAUAAAAUUAAUCCUAAUGUAUGUGACAUAACUUCCAUUUUGUUUUUACUUUUAAAAAAUAUUUGGAUAUAAAAAACAAAAUGUCUAGCAUAAUAUAAUUUAUACUACAUGGUUUAUUUUAUUAACACUGACCAUUCAUGUUUUGUUAAAAAAGUGCUUUUACAUAGUUACAGUGAUUGUAAAUCUUCAUUUUCAAUAAAAAAAAGUUAUGUUAUAAGUUAUAAUUUUUUCCCCAUAUUUUAUAAUAUAGUAAACCAGGCUUUAAUUAUGUGAAAACGUGCACUGACAAUAUUCAUUAAUGAAUGAUAAGUGUUAAAAAAAAAUUGCCCCGUAUGUAUAAAUAAUUCAUAUUCAAUUGAAAAUAUAGUAUUUUUAUUUUGUCUGUCAUUAAAAAUGUAAUAAAAGUACAAUAUUUCUACUUAAUCGCCUUUAAUUUAUUGACUAAUUCUCAAUUGCUCACUAAGUCAUUAAAUAUGUAUUAUAAAUGCUAGUGUGUAGUUUUGUAUACAUCAUAAAUAGAAAUGCAUUAAAUUUAUAAAAUGUAUUUAACUCCUUUGUGACAUUUAAUGUGAAACAAAAAGUCAAGGAACUCACUCUGCUGUAUCGUACUAUCAUAGGGUCAAAAUAUACUUGUCAUUGGGUAUUUAA